CCACCCACUACAUCCCACCAAACUUCCUCAUAUUUUAGUCUCUCAAUACCUAUAUAAACAGGUCCCAUGUUACUGCUAUCUCUUUAUUUAUUUCUUAGUUACAUUACAUGUACCCCUUUUAGUUUGAGAUUAAUCUUAUAAUAUCCCCCACAAACAUUCACAUAAGGACAGUCUUUUCUCCAUUUCCUUAUGGGUAUUUAUAUGUAACAGUCACAAGGCUACUACUCAUCUGGGCUCUGAACUAAAAGAAAAAACAAGAAAAGAUAAAGAUCAGAGCUUUUAGCUUCCCAGAGCGCGCUGUUGUUGUAGGAAUCAGGAUUUUAGCAAAGAUGAGAGGAGGAUUGUGGCAACUUGGUCAAUCCAUAACUCGCCGGCUGGUUCAGGCUGAUAAAAAGACUAUUGCUAGAAGAUGCUUCGCAUCAGAGGCUGAUCUUAAGAAGACAGCUCUGUAUGAUUUCCAUGUUGCCAAUGGGGGAAAAAUGGUUCCUUUUGCUGGUUGGAGUAUGCCAAUUCAAUACAAGGAUUCAAUUAUGGAUUCCACAGUAAAUUGUAGGGAAAAUGGUAGCCUCUUUGAUGUUUCCCAUAUGUGUGGCCUCAGCCUUAAGGGAAAGGACACGGUUCCUUUUCUGGAAAAGCUUGUCAUUGCUGAUGUAGCUGGACUUGACCCUGGGACUGGAACUUUAACUGUAUUCACCAAUGAGAAGGGAGGCGCAAUUGAUGAUUCGGUCAUUACCAAGGUGACAAAUGAGCAUAUAUACCUGGUUGUAAAUGCAGGAUGCAGAGAUAAGGAUCUUGCACACAUUGAGGAGCACAUGAAGUCAUUCACAUCAAAAGGUGGUAAUGUGUCUUGGCACAUCCAUGAUGAGCGGUCUCUACUUGCCCUUCAGGGUCCCAUUGCUACCCCAGUUCUUCAACACCUGACAAAAGAUGAUCUAAGCAAGCUUUACUUUGGGGAAUUCCGGAUCUUGGAUAUUAAUGGGGCAACCUGCUUCCUCACAAGGACAGGGUAUACCGGUGAAGAUGGAUUUGAAAUUUCAGUUCCUUCAGAGAAUGCAGUUGAUCUUGCAAAAGCAAUCUUGGAGAAGUCUGAAGGGAAGGUUAGAUUGACAGGUUUAGGCGCUCGAGACAGUCUUCGGCUUGAGGCUGGGCUGUGCUUGUAUGGCAAUGACAUGGAGCAGCACACCACACCCGUAGAGGCAGGACUCACCUGGGCUAUAGGGAAAAGAAGAAGGGCAGAAGGAGGGUUUCUUGGCGCUGAUGUGAUACUUAAACAACUUGAAGAGGGUCCACCGGUCAGGCGAGUCGGACUUUUCUCAUCCGGACCACCUGCCAGGAGUCACAGUGAGAUUCAGAAUGAGAAAGGUGACAAUAUUGGAGAAGUCACCAGUGGAGGAUUUAGCCCCUGCCUUAAGAAGAACAUAGCCAUGGGGUAUGUAAAAUCUGGAAAUCACAAGGCUGGAACCAAAGUAAAGAUUGUGGUUCGAGGGAAGUCGUAUGAUGGAGCUGUUACAAAAAUGCCUUUUGUACCUACAAAGUACUACAAGCCAUCAUAAUUUCUUCUUUUAAUACAUCAUCAACCUUCCAAGUUUUACAGUUGCCCCCUUCCCCUGUCCCUUUUGAACAUCUCUUUGUGAACGCAGAAUACUUACAGAUGAAUCUAAUUCUGAUCCUGGGAUUAUGGAUGUUUGUUUAUCACUCUGCCUUAAA